ACCGGGACCACCCUGGAAUAACGGUUGAGUUCUUGGAGUUGGACGGAGGUGCAUGGCGCAGCGAGAGUGACAAGGAGUAUUGGCUAAUCUUCGGAUAUUCAGACUGUGGAUAUUUUUGGAAAUCAUGCAGAAAUUCUGAAAUGAGAGUGUGAGAUGAUAUCACUUCCGAAAGUGUGGAUAACUAUCACUGACCCAUUGAUGAAUACGAGCAGAACGGGUCUCAGGAAUAGCUGCUGCUGCAUUCAUAAACACUUCUUUAGAACUCACAACAGCUCUUGAGCUUUGUUUUGGGGUCACGAAACACCAGAAAUUUAUUUUGUGCAAGUGGGUUGGCAAUGGCUGAAAAGGGUCAAGUGGAUAUAGAACACCUCGGCGGAGUUACCAGGCUCCGAGAGGAGCACGAAAAGGUGGUGAAAGACUGUGAAAGUCGGAUUCAACACUGGAAGAAGGUGUCGGGUGACUAUGAAGCCCUGAAUGACCGCCUCAAAACUCUGCCAGAUCAACUGUCAUAUGACAUCAUGGUACCAUUUGGCCCUUUGGCCUUUAUGCCCGGAAAGCUGGUACACACCAACGAGGUCACAGUGUUGCUGGGUGAUAACUGGUUCGCCAAAUGCUCUGCCAAGCAAGCUCAAAAAAUUGUUGAUCACAGGAUGAAAUAUGUGAAGAAUGAACUAGAUGGCCUGUCCAAGACGAUAAAAAACUUUGAAGCCAGAGUUGGGUUUGCGAAGAAUUUGGAAACCAUCUCUGCUAGUAAAGGCGACUAUGUUGACAUCAGAGAGGAGGUUGGAAACAAUGACUCUGUUGUCACCAAAGGAAAGCAAAGAAUGGCUCACAAGCCAAACUCUAAGCCCAAGCAGGAUGUGUUUUUUGAUUUUAAAGAAGAGGAUGAGGAGAAUGAGGAGGAAAGCAGAGAUAGUGGAAGCAGGAAAUGCAUUAUGACUGAGGAGGAGCUAUGGGCUAGAUUGGAUGAACUCGAGAAGCUGGAGGAGCUACAAGAUGAGCAGGACAAAUUAUCUGAUAAUGGAGACAUGAAUGGUGAGGACACAUCAUCCUCUUCCUCAGAAGAGGAGAAAGAUGCAGAUGCUGCGACUCCAGUAAAUGGGCUGAGUUUGAAGCCAGGUUGGAGCGCGCUGCCUUCCAGCACAGCACCACUCAGACAGGACAGGAAAGAGGAAGACGACUUUGAGGAGGAAGAGGAAGCCAACUGUUUGCCUACUAUCUACUUUUCUCACACAGUCGAACCCAAGAAGGUGAGAAUAAAUACAGGCAAAAACACCACACUGAAGUUUAGCGAAAGGAAAGAGCAGAAGGAACACUCGAAGAGGAAAAAGAAAAAUGGCCACAGCAAUGGACAUGCUCAUCACGAACUUCACAAAAUCACAACACCGGCAGACCUUUACAGGUUGUUUGUAGAUGUGAAAAAUGGGGAACCCAUACCUAGGAAGUCCAUACUGAAGUCACGCAGUCGAGAGAACAGCGUGUGCAGCGACACAAGUGAGAGCAGCGCUGCAGACUUUGAAGAGCGCAGAAUUAUGGGACGCAGCUUCAGUCACGACGAAGCAACGCACAGCGACACCAGCGAUGGCAUCACAGAAGAGGACAGUCCCACAGCAGUGUUGCUGCAACCUCCCAGCAGAUUUGAGGCUUUUUCAGGUACAGUUAUAGAAAAGGAUCCAAUGCCCUCAGCUGUCCCUCAUCUGACCAUCUCUCCACCAGCUCUGCCAACAAUACUGGAGAGGAAACAGGAGGAGGUGGCGCCUGAUGUUGCCCCACCCCAGCAAGCCCCGAAGAGGGUGUCAAAGUUCAAAGCUGCCCGAUUGCAGCAGAAGUGACUGUUAAGAGGCAAAUAUUCAGCUUUUACAUGAACAUCUUUUGUGAAGCCUUUGUUUCUCUCUGGUAACUGAACAAAAAACAAACCACAUGCUCAUUUCUUUGCACGCCUUUCAUCCACUGAUUUUCUGUUUCUGUCUGUGAAGUAGAACACUUAACAAAUCAGCCUUUGUGUAACACUGCUUUUUUACGGUUUAUUGCAGCCUCUUUUGCUUAUCUGCUUUAAAAGACAUUCUUCUUUUAGUCUUGCUUAAGACAUUUGCAGUCUGUCAUACGUUUACCUGUCUACUCUUCUGUUGAUCUGUGAUAUCGCCAGGUUAACUCCGACUGUAGGCUUUGCCACAUAAGAUGAGUUGCCUUUUUUGUUUGUUUGUUUGUUUUCCCCCAGUAUUGAUUAUUAAACAGAAUCAGGUCUCGUUAGCUCUCAUUUUACCUUGUCUUGACCUGUCCUACUGAAUGUAUGUAUUCCUUUGUGACAAGCUUUAUGUAAAACAGAAAAAAUAUUGAUGGAAAGUAAAAGAAGAAUAAAUGAUUUUGACUACAAGUCUUGAUUUCUCUUUGUUCCAUAAGAGAAAAUAAUUCUUACUCUCCUACACAAGAUGGAUCUAUAUUUCAUUUAUGGUCUGCUGACAGGGCUUUAUUGUGUUUCUCAAUAUCUUAUACCAAAAUGUUUUUCUCCAGUUGUUGUUGCACACAGCACAGUAAUAAUGGGUAAUAAUAUUUUAGUUUUUUUAAUUUUUUGCCUGACGCCUAGUGUAAAUUGUUUCAGUCUUUAAAUAGCUGUUACUAGACGCUGAGAUAAAGCUUUUAUGAAUUAUUGUUACUCCUAGUGAAUUUCCUGUUAUGCAGUGGAAUUAGAAGAGCUAAGUAAAGCACCAUCCACCAUCGAACUUUCUAAGGCAGCAAUAAUGCUUCAUCAAAUCUGGAAGUUAAUUGAAAGCAAAAUGGCUCCUCCUGUUAGUAAAAACUCAAGUCCUAAAGGAAGAGAAAGAAUUCCCAAGACAAACAAAUCGAGGAUGUUUUGGGUGCAACACCAACAUUUCACUGCUAAAGACCAGAAGCAAGUAUUAUUUACAGAUCAAAGUCAGAAGUUCAUGGUUGCAUUAAAUGUGCUUAGAAGGAUAAACUGUAAAACCACUGCAUGAAUGUUGAGAAAUAUGCAGUUCAGAGAACAAUGAGUGAAACAGACGAUUCAAAGAAUAAAAUAUGAGACGUAUU